CUCUUCCCCGCAGCUAUCCUCUCCUCUCCUGAACGCUGAUGUGUUACUAACUUCAGCCUACAACUCUGCAAAAAUGUUUAAUUUUGGGUCAAAAAUGCUGCUGGUCUUCCUCCUGGCCUUCCCCUGUGGAUUAAUGUCCAUCGGCCAUGUCUCUGCAGACUCGGACUCUGCUGAGGACCUUGCGGAGGACCUUGCGGAGGACCUUGCUGAGGACACUGCUGAGGACACAGAAGCUGCAGUAGAUGAGGAGGAAGAUGAGGAAGAGGUGCUCGUUGAGGAAGAUCAGAUCCAACCAUCGGAAGCAGAGGAAGAGGACUCUGAUGACGGAGCGGAUAAACAGAUAGGGUCUCACCCUGAUGCCGACACCACCAUCCUCUUCGUGACUGGAGAAGAGUUCCCUGCCAAUGAAAUUGUAAGGUUCCUGGUGGGUUUCACCAACAAGGGCAGUCAGGAUUUCACCGUUCAGUCGUUGGAGGCUUCCUUCCGUUACCCACAAGACUUCCAGUUCUACAUCCAGAACUUCACAGCGUUGCCUCUGAGCACCGUGGUGCCGCCCCAGGCUCAGGCCUCCUUCGAGUACUCCUUCAUCCCAGCACAGCCCAUGGCGGGCCGUCCUUUUGGUCUGGUUAUCCUCCUCAACUAUCUAGACACUGAGGGCAACACGUUCCAGGCGGCCAUCUACAACCAGACUGUCACCAUCACUGAGCUGGAAGAGGGAAUUGACGGAGAAACAAUGUUCUUGUACAUCUUCCUGGGUGGACUGGCGGCUCUGGCGCUCUUUGGGGUGUACCAGGUCCUGGAGACGAGGACGAAAAAGAGAGUCCCAGUGAAAAUAGAGAAGGGCACUGGUGGAAUGAGCGACGUGGACAUCAGCUGGAUUCCUCAGGAGACUCUCAAUGUCAUGAACAAGGCUUCCCCUAAAGCAUCUCCACGAAAACGGACCAAGAGGGCAGCUGGUACAGAUCAAUAAAACCAUCCGUCAUCAUACAGUCCAGCAGGCUUUCAAAGCUAAUUUCCUCACCACAGUAACCCGAUUCCCAUUUGCAAUGGAGCAACAUUUCCAGUCUGAGCCAAGUGCUAAAGAUGUUUGUUUGGAUCUCAUCCUGCUGCUCUGCUGGAGCCUUGACCGGAGAGCAUCCCGGACUGGAAGGCCAUUUAGACACUAACAGGACUGAACUACAGCUCAUUUUUUAAAGGGACUUUUUUAUCGGUAUGUGUGUGUGUGAAAGAUGAACCAAUAAGUCAUUAACCUUUUUGCAUUGCGGUACAAACUACAAAAACACGAUACAAAUAUCUGACACUGCCUGUAUGAAUGUUUUCCAGUCAAAAUGGUUAAUUUGGAUAUUGUUUCUGCAUUUUUAAGCUUCAAAACAUUGCUAUUUCAUCUGUUGAAUGAGAUGAAUCCCCCUCCUCGUAAACACCAUUGUGCCUUAUCUGCAGUGUUCUGCCAAGCAUUAAUGCUAAGAAAAACAGUAGAUACAAUUGAUUCUAAAAGUUUUCCUCACUUCUGCUUUUAACAUCAAGACAAAUAUAGCCUGGGGUUUAUGAAAAUAAAAACAUUUGCAUUUCAGUGGGGCAAUGCCGCUGCAUUUACAACCAAUGUUAAAACAGUGUUCUCUGGAGGUUUCUGCGGGUUGGUUUACCUUUUUUUCUUCUUUUUUUGUUACUAUGUGCUGGUGAUGCCGUCUGUUAGAUUGCAUACCAUUACUUUUGGAGGAAAAAAGUGUUUUUUUAAACAAUAAAAAGGUGAACAAAG